AUAGUAGUAGUAGUAGAAAGGGUAUAAAUGACAUAGCACAACUUUUAUAAUGAGUGGGGUUUCCAUAUUUCCCGCCACAUUUUCCUCAACCCCAUAUGAUUCCUCCACCGAAAAUUGCAACUCCAUUUCGAAACUUCUUUUUUGGUGAAUUUAUCUUCGAAAAUCAAAUCAAUUCUCCCCCAUUGAUUUAUUUCAAUACUAACAAUUCUCCUUUCUUCUAAAUUUCUGCCAAUAUUCAAUCCCAUUCUUUUCUUAAUUAAUUCACAUUCAAUCGGACGAAAGAUCCGAAAAAGAAAAAGGAAAAAAAAAAAAAAAAAAAAGGAAAAACAUUAAUUCAUCAGCCAAAUUUGAAUUUGGGGAAUUAGGGUUGAGUUUUUACUUUUUUUUUUUAAUUUAUCUUUAUGAUGAAGGAAAUGGGUACCCAGGAUCUCCACCGCGUGUUCGCGAUGUUCGACCGGAACGGCGACGGGAAAAUAAGCCGGAAAGAGCUGAGCGAGUCGCUGGAAAAGCUCGGGAUCCACAUCGCCGAGAAGGAGCUCCGGCAGAUGAUCGAGAAGAUCGACGCCAAUGGCGACGGCUGCGUGGACGCGGAGGAGUUCGGGACCCUGUACGCGGCGGUGAUGGAGGAGAGCGAGCGCGGCGGGGGCGACGAGGAGGACGACAUGAGGGAGGCGUUCAAGGUGUUCGACAAAAACGCCGACGGAUUCAUCACCGUGGAGGAGCUCCGGUCUGUGCUCGCGUCGCUGGGGCUGAAGCAGGGGCGGACGCUUGAGGACUGCAAGCGGAUGAUCAGCAAGGUCGACGUCGACGGCGACGGGAGGGUCAAUUUCGACGAGUUCCGGCAGAUGAUGAAAGGCGGCGGAUUCGCCGCCUUGAGUUGAUAAUUAAUUAAUUCGGGGUUCGUCGAAAAAUUAUUGGGCGAUUCUUUCUUCUUCAUCAAU